AUGUCUGAGCGCCCAACUAAGGAAGAAGAAGACACAACUAAUUGGCUCAUACUCCUUGCUGGAGGUGGCUACAAUCCAAAGCUCAACGAAAUAGUGGAAGCGACCAUCGCAGUGAACAUUACGAGCGAGCGAGUAGCAGAGCCGACAAUCUCCACCACCGGCAAGGUGCUUGGCGGACAUCGUGCUAGCCAUAAUAAAAAACCGAAGCUUUCGAAUCCUCUCGCGUCGGGGGUGAUGAAUGAAUACUUGCUCUCUUCGCUAGCCAAAGUCAAGGUUAAAAGCCACAAAUGUUCGGUCUACAACAAUGAGUUUAGUUCCGGCCAUGCUCUUGGCGGACAUAUGCGGAAGCACUACCAACCGAUUACACCGUAG